ACAAGAAGAAAAGAAAAUAUCCCAAUUCAGAUUAUUGCACUCUUUAAGAAAGCUUUGAAGUAAGCAGAAGUGAGAAAUGACGUCGCUGAUUCCAAGCAUUUUCGGUGGGCGUAGGAGCAACAACUCGGACCCCAUGUCAUUGUCUUUGUCAUUGGAUGUUUGGGAUCCAUUUGGUGGGGAGACCUCUGCUAUGGCCAACACUCGCAUCGACUGGAAAGAGACCCCAGAAGCCCACAUCUUCAAGGCCGAUCUUCCGGGGAUGAAGAAGGAGGAAGUGAAAGUAGAAGUGGAAGAAGGCAGAGUUCUGCAGAUCAGUGGAGAAAGGAGCAAAGAAAAGGAGGAGAAGAAUGAUAAAUGGCACAGAGUUGAACGAAGCAGUGGGAAGUUCAUGAGGAGAUUUAGGCUGCCGGAGAACGCUAAAGUUGAAGAGGUGAAGGCCAGCAUCGAAAAUGGAGUUCUCACUGUGAGGGUGCCUAAGACGAAAGGGAAGAAGCCUGAAAUCAGAUCCAUUGAAAUCUCAGGCUAAACAUUUGUUUCUGUUGGUCUUUGUUUGUGUGCAAGUGCUGCAAUGUGUGUGUGUGAGUCUUAAGGUUUGAAAUUGUUGGGUGUGUGUAUGAAAAUUGGUGUAAAAUGGAAUAUAAGUAAAUAAGAAAACAAUAAUAUCAGGAUACUAAUGUACAUA